ACGUCUUCGCAAGCAUCAAAUGAUGAGCGAGAUGUCUUUGGUCAAUAAUCAAAUUGCCGUUUCCUUUCCAAAUAAACAUAAACUAAGAAAAAAUCAUUACAAUCACUGCCACCAUCGUCAUUAUUAUCAGGCAAAGUUGAUUCCGUUCAAACAGAAGUUUUUUGUUUUACACAACAAUUGUCACAAUUAUAAUAAUACUGACGACGACGACGACGAAAGAUCACCUGAAGUAACGAAUAAUAAAGUCAAUAACAGAAGCAGAAGUAAUAGCAGCAGUAUUAGUUCAAUUAGCCAUAGCAACGACUACGACCUACGACAUUCAACGAACAAAAAAAAGAAGAAGAAAAAGCAAUUUCCCACGCGCUCCAACGACAUUCAUUCAUCAUUAACAGCUCAUGCGAACAACGAUAGCCGACAAAAACAACAAGAACAACAACAACAACAUUGUGAAAAUCAAUUUGAACGAAUAUUUGACCAAAAAGUUCAUUCAAACAAUCAAACACCUUCAUCGUCGUCGUGGUAUUGGUUGUUGACAUUGGCAAAUUCUAAACACCAUUUACAACCAGAAUCAACAAGUUGUAAUAUUAAUGAACAAAUAAUCAAAACAAAAAUCAUGCAUCCUGGUCAAAUGUCAUCCUGUCACCUGGCCAUUUCGAGUCAACCAAAAACAAAUCUACAACAGAAUACAUUAUCUGCUUUUGUCAACAAUAGCCAUCAUCAUAACCAUAGUCAUAAUAAUCAUCAAAAAACAAUGCCAACAAUGACAGAAUCACACAAAGGCUUAGAUCAAGAAGAUUGUCGACCAACACGGCCAUUAUCUCCAGUGGAAGAACAUCGAAUGCUUCUGUCCAAUUCGAAUGGUUCGACUGUACAAAAAACACCUCCGCAACAUCAAAUGAUAAGAUGUGAUAAAUCCAACAAUUUUGAUAAUGAGAUCAAUAAUCAAUCAUUUUUGUCUUCAACAUUACCUCAUCGUAAUCAUAAUAAAUCAAAAGGUAUCCAAACAACAACAACAAUUACAAACAAUCAUCAACGUUCGAUAAAGUCACUUCAACCGGGAAAUUCAAGUACAUUACCAACAAAUUCUACUUUAAGUUCUUUAAUGGCCGCUAAUUGUCAUAGUUUUGGUUCAAAAUUUUCUGAAUCUCCAACAACAUUAUCAUCGAACAAUAUGAAUCAACAUUACCUCAACAAACAACAGGAAUUACGACGACAAAUCUCAUUGAAUAAUUUGGAUAAAAUGAUUAAUUCAUCUUCUUCAAUGACAACAUCGAACAGUAAUAAAAAUUUGUCUAAAGAAAAUUCAUUUCAUCUGAAUGGUAAACAAUCACCAACAACGACUAUUACUGCCCCCUCAUCUUCUUCUCCAACAACAAGUAAAGUAAGUUUGUUUCAGCAGAAAAUUCGAGCCAUUCUUUUGCCAUCAUCUGUUGUAAAACAAAAUAAUCAACAACGACAACAAACAACAUUGCCAAAAUCUGGUUCAACUAAUGUUCAUUUUAACGGUAAACGACAAAAUGAAUCCACUUAUCGAUCAUAUGGAAAUCUAGCAUCCUCAACAUCAUUCCAUCCUGAUAUUGAUGAUGUUAAUGCUGUUGGCUCUCUGGAAUCAAAUAUAAAACAAGAACAAAAAAAUUGUUUUCAUAAUAAAAGCAAUGAUGAUAAUGAUUGCAACGGCAACAAUAAUAAUGAUGCUCCAUUACCAUCAACUAUGCAACAAUGGCAAUCUUCCUCAUCUAUAGCCAAUUCAAAUCUAAGCCACCAUCACCAACAACUACAUCAUAUCGAUUCUUGUCUAUUGAACACUUUGAACAAGUAUACAAUUAGUGCCUCAAUAUCGAAUAAUCUUAAUAAUUUAUCAUCAUCUUCGACAUCGGCAACAUUGUUGAGACCUUCAAGUGAAUUAGAAUCAAUGGUGAUGAUGAACUCCGCUGCGGCUACGACUGAAAGUGAUCAUUACGAUCUACGUACAGUGUGUAAUAAAUUGUUUGCCAAUAAACAACAAUAUCCUUGUGUUCAAUCGAACAACAACAUCAACCCGAAUGGCAACAUUCAUUCCAGUUCACUGCUGGCCGUUGCUGCCACAUCCAACAGUCCGUCAUCGUCCGAAGUUUUAUCAUCAAUGAUGCAAAAAUCUUCCAUUGAUACGUGUUUUCGUAAUAUAACUCCCGAAAUGAAUGUCGAUAAAGUGACUCGUAAAGAGAGCUUAUAUUCAUUUUCUAAUAACUCAUCAUCGACUAUGAUGACCAAUAUGCAUCUUCAUCCACAUGACCAUCAGAAUAAUGGUGUUCAUCAUUCACCCACUCGAUUAAAUGUCGAUAACGAUUCGAAUGGACAUGAAGCAGUUGCACGUUGUGUUAUCGUUAACGAUACUGACGACAAUAAAUGCCCUAAUGGACUUAUGGUUCGUCCUUCAAACAACAAUGGUAACGGUGAUUUUGCUAAACAAAUUAUGAACAAUCAUCAUUCUCAGCAGCAGCAACACCGACAAGGUAGCACAUUAAGUUUGAAUGGCGGUGUCGAACCGACUGAAAGUGUUGAAUCACAUGAUCAUAAUUAUAAAUCCUCAUCCGAAUCUGGUCGUGGUACAAUGAAUAGCCAAGCGGAAGAUCGUAAUAAUUUAGAUGUGAAUAGUCCUGCUGAUCUGACUAGUUUGGAUUCAGACCAAAGUAAUCAUCAUAUCGAUUCUGAUUGGAAUAAAUCAAACAAUAAGAAUAAUGUUCGCCGUGAAAAUUCCACAACAAAGUCAAAGCAAAAUUUCAAUAAGCUUCAACGGUAUCUAGAGCCUAGAUCUUCAGGCAAAGAUAGUGAAUUAAAUGGUACUGAUUUCAGAACGAAAUUGCCAAUGAAUGAUGAAACUGAUAGCUGGACUAGUCUUUCCGAUGAUUUGGGCUCGAUGAAUAUGAAUUCAUCAGUUAAAACGAAAACUACUUUAACUUCUACUAUGAAUAAAGUUGGUGUUUCAAUGCCUUCUACGAUGAGUAAACAUCGAUAUCAUCAUCAAACAGACAUUAAAUUGAAAACCGAUUUUUCUAAGCCAGAAAAUUGCCUAAAUUCUAAUCUAGGCAAACAAACAAAAGCCUCAGCAACAAUAAGCGGUGAGCAGCAACAACAACAAUUGAAACCGGUCACGAAAUUACCUCCAAAUCCGCAUAAGUUUAUAACUGAACCAAUAAAAGCGACCAAGAUGAAUACAACGACGAACAAUACAUUACCAUCAUAUGAUAAAUGUAUCUAUAGCGUACCGGAUAAAGGCAAAUAUCGUAAUCAUCAUCAACAUCAUUAUAAUGCCAAUGAAAUAUCAUCUGCCACAUCUAAUCAUGGUCAUCAUCAUCAUCCUCAUCAUGGCCAUCAACAGCAUCAAAAAUUAAAUGAAAAACAUAAUCAUCACCAGAAUCAUUGUUCUGUGGUUCAACAUGGUGAUGAUGACAAUAAUGAUGAUGAUGUCGAUGAUUGUGGUGUUACAUCGAUAAUUUCAAGUGAAACUAACUUCCCUGAUGAAGGUUGUAGUGAAUAUAUGAAUGAUCAUAUCAACAAUGAUAGCAAUCAUACUCGUAGUCAUCUCAAUGAUCCACUAAGGAAACAACUAAAAGGAAUCGAAGACAUGUAUUCAGAGCUACUUACCAUGCUUCAUCAUCAUGAUAAAAAUGAACCAAAUAAAAACGGUCAACGAAAUAUUUUUAAUGCAAAUCGUAAGACGAAGUUAUUUCGUAGAAAUUCAGGUCGUAGUUCAGUCGCUAGUCGAAAUACUCGUGAUCAUCUGUAUCGAAAAUAUCGUCAUGAUAAUCGAAUUCGUUCACGAUCCGAAGAUAACAGUCAAGUAUUGGUCAGAUGCAAGCGGUUAGAAUCUCAAGUAUUGACAUUGGCCAAAAGUGUUUCACAGCUUUCAAUCGAUAUACAAUACAAUUAUACGCUCAAUGAUCAAAUACAAAGCCUUCGACAUGAUAUGGAAAUACUUCGAUCUCAAAUGGUUAUCAUGAAACAAAGCUUUGUUCAACAAUCAAAUAACAACAACAAAUCAACACAGAUGAAUGUAAGCCAUCAUCAUAAUCACCAACAACAACAGCAAUCAAAUCAUCUAUUGAAUAGUAAAACUAGCCACAGUAAAGAAUCGAACAACAGCAAUAAUAAUAGUAAAAAAGUCGAUAAAAUUAAAAAGGACGAUACACCGACGCUUAAACAAUUUUUAAAAAAACUUGGAUAUGAGAAAUAUUUGAAAAAUUUCGAAUCGGAAAAGAUUGGAAUUACAGAGCUAAUGUUAUUGGAUGAAGAUCGGCUACAAAAGCUUGGGAUACCUAUGGGACCUAGGUUACGAUUAACGCAAGAAAUAAGGAAUCUAUCUAAUAAUAAUAAUGCCAUGAUCAAACAACAGCAACAACUGAUGGAUGGUAAUAUCAGACAACAACAACAACAACAACAACAACAGCAGCAGCAAAUGGCAGAUAAUUUCAAUAUCUAUGCUGUCGUUUAACAAACCAAUGGUUGAUGUUGUUGAAAAAUAGGAUCACUUCUCCAUAUCAUUUUAAUUUUAUUUUUUAUAAAAUUCUUUUGUUUCUUCCAUGAAUUUAAUGUUAGAGAUUUAUACUUAUGAUU